AAAGGAUUCUACGGCCCUAACUGUACCCAUGGCUGUGGACAUUGUAAAGGGAAGGCUAAAUGUGAUCACGUAAAUGGUUCUUGUCCGUCACGAGAGUGUAAACCUGGAUGGAAGCAGACAUCAGAUCGGAAAUGUGACCAAGCCUGUGAGAAAGGAUUCUACGGCCCUAACUGUACCCAUGGCUGUGGACAUUGUAAAGGGAAGGCUAAAUGUGAUCACGUAAAUGGUUCUUGUCCGUCACGAGAGUGUAAACCUGGAUGGAAGCAGACAUCAGAUCGGAAAUGUGACCAAGCCUGUCAGAAAGGAUACUACGGCCUUAACUGUCGUCAUGCCUGUGGACAUUGCAAAGGAAUGGCUACAUGUGAUCACGUAAACGGUUCUUGUCCUCCACAAGAGUGUGAACCAGGAUGGAAGCAAACUUCAGAUUGGAAAUGUGAUCAAGAAUGUGACAACGGAACUUUUGGAUUUCUGUGCAACUCAACAUGUAGUGAAGGCUGUUUCUCUAUUUGCAACAAAACAAGUGGAUCAUGUGACCACUGUCUGACCGGAUACAUAGGUGUAUUCUGUAACGUAUCGGUUUCAGAAUCAGGACAACAAGCGGCAGUGAGCGUAGCAUUAGCAGGAGGUGUAGUGGGCCUCAUAGUUCUCGUCAUAGCAAUCAUUCUUCUUGUAGUUAUCAUCACUAGGAAAACACAGAAGAAAAAGUCAACUGAAAUAGAAAUAGCGGAGACUGCAGAGGAUAUUGCAGAAAAACCAGAGAGGAGAGCUGACACAACACCUGGGGGAAGCGGAUAUGUCGAAAAGAAUGCUGAACCCAAUGGAACCGUACAGCGGAAAACACUCAUGAAAAUAGCUGAUCUCGGGAAAGUAAUCAAGAGCCUGUCUAUGGAAGAAAAUAAGAAAUUUAAUGAAGAAUUCAAGGGAAUUCCAUACGGUGAACAAAGCCAUACUCCGUGCGACGUUGCCAAGAUGGCGCAGAACAUGCCGAAAAACCGAUACAAGACAACGUUUCCUUAUGACCAUUCUCGUGUUGUUUUGACUAUUUCUCCCGAAAAUGACUACAUAAAUGGAAAUUACAUAAAGGACACGAAAGGACAAAGAGAAUACAUCGCUACCCAAGGUCCAACGAAGAAUACGGUACAAGAUUUCUGGGCUAUGAUCUGGCAAGAGAACAUCCGGGUUCUAGUCAUGGUGACGAAUUUGACGGAAGGAUCAAAGAUUAAAUGUCACCAAUACUGGCCUGAACACGGUGAGAUGACAUCGGGAUCAUUCCGUCUACGGGUCAUAUCUCAGAGGGCCUCAGCGAACUACAUCCGGCGUGACAUCAACAUCACCCACAUAGAGACAAACGUUGUUAGGACCUUGAAUCACAUGCACUACACAGCAUGGCCUGAUCAUGGAACUCCUUCACCAGUAGAGCUCCUCGUGUUUUAUCGUCACGUCAAGCAGUUAAAGCAGAUGUAUCCCGAAAGUCUUCUGGUUGUACACUGCAGCGCCGGUAUCGGGAGGACUGGAACCUUCAUCGCGCUAGAUGCCUUGUAUAAGCAGGGUCAGAAGGACGGGUUGAUUGACGUGGUGCGCUAUGUCAACAUCAUGAGAGAAGACAGAAUGAACAUGAUACAGAAUGUGGGUCAGUACAUCUUCUUGUACAACGCCUUGAACGAGAUUUUUCAAUUCAAUGGGAGGUUGUUGAAAAAGGAACAAUUCAUACAGGAAGUGACGUCACAGUUGAUGUCAAAUCAAGCUGUCAAUGCUUCCUAUUUCAAGAAAGAAUAUAAUGAACUGGUGUCCAUAAGACCGACAUUGAGUGUGGAGGAUACAAAGGAAGCAAAGCAACACAUCCAUCUCAACAUGACAAAGACUGUUCUUCCGGCGGACAAGGCAAGAACUGUGUUGACCUCUUAUGUCGGCGGGAGAGGUAAUUACUACAAUGCCGUGUCCAUUUCGACAUACACACUGAGGGACGGCCUGAUUGCUGCGCAGUAUCCUGUGGAGGGAGCCGCAAUCGAUCUAGUGCGCAUGCUCAUUGAUCACGAUUCCAGCGUACUGAUUUCCUUCAAUCAGCUUUCAGACAUCGCUUCAUCUGCAGAGUGGUUUAAAACGUCAGCGGAGAGAAAUGUCAUUUCUCCUUAUAAGACGAUUCUGGGCAAAAGUCGGAAAAUAUCGGAAAAUGUCCGAAUGACUUCCGUGAAAAUGAAGCAUGACAAGGCUUCUAAUUGGCAUGAUGUCAGCGUAUUUGAAAUUCUGAACUGGAAGAUAAAAAAUCAACUUCCGGCGGAAACGAAUGCGUGUGUGGAAUUGAUCAACGAAGUGAUGGAAGUUCUCAAGGACAAAGAAACAAAAAUCACAGUGUUGUCAAGAGACGGGGCGACCGGAUGUGGGAUGUUCUGCGCUGUUUAUAACGCCGUACAACAGCUACAACUGGAUGACGAGGUGGACAUGUUUACCGUCGUCCGACAGCUGCAGAUACGUAGACCGGAAAUGAUAUCCAGCUUGAGUGAGUACCAGUUUUGUUGCAAAGUCGCCGCAAGCUUCUUCUCGGCGUGCUCGGAUGCCAUUUAUGAGAACUCGCCGGGACGAGUAGAAGUUCCGCCAACAGAGGAGACCCUAUACGCCAACACCAGUGUGUAAAUUACGCGACAUUGUAUGUUAGUGUAAUCAAGCGAUAGUACAUACAACAGGUGCGACCAUAUAUGUAUAGUGCACAACAUUCUGACGAUGUCUACUCUAAAGAUGUAUUCAACUUCAACACUUUGUACGCAUUGAUUGAUAUAAUUAAUCGAUAUACUAUUUAUUCCUAGAUUUAUUUAUUUAUCUACUUGUAUUUAUCUUUUUUAAAAUGCGUCCAUAUUUAUAUUUAUUCAUCUACCUGUAUUUGUUUAUAUUCACUUUUGGUUUUACAUGUAUUCUAAGGACAUAUGCGACAUUUCUAACAUUUUGUCUGAAAUUAAUUCUUCAUCACCUCGAUAUGGAAAGUUCUUGUAUGGAUUUCUGAAAUAUGUUGAAAUUUUGUAUUAUAGUAAUAUUACCACACUUUGUAUAUUGGCCCGGGUAGAUCAAUGGUUAGGUCACCUAACUAAUAAUGCGAGGGUUCCGGGUUCGAUACCCGAUUGUUCCAAAGAUUUUACUUUCCUUCUUUGCUACAAUGUCCAUUUACAACCUGACUAUACAUUCUUACUAGCAACAACCAGGAACUAUCAAAAUAUGCUAACUCUAAAACAGUCAUGGUAAUAUAUCCCAAUAUCUUUUUGGUAGAAACAAGAUACAAUGCAGUACGUGAAAGAUCACCAAAAAUAAUACAUGAUUGUGAAACGUCGCGUAUGCUCCUAUAUUCCUAUCUUUAGCCAAUCUGGUUAAAACCAGAUUGAUCUUUAGCUCACCUGCACUGAAAGUUCCUUUGGGGUUUUCUGAUCGAUAUGUUUGAGGUCUGUCCGAAGAUCCCGUUUACCCUAACGAAAAGGGGAUGUAAGUGUGUUUGUUUGGUUUUUUUUCAAACGAAGGGUUAUGCCCCCUCUCGUCGACCGGAGGAAAGUGAAAACAGAUGAAAAUCUUAGAUAUCCUUCUCAAGAACCAUGCAGAUCCGAUGCUCAUCUAUAGAUAAGACAGGUUCUAUAGAUAAGACAGGUUCUAUAGUUUUGAAAGAUCCAAUGCACAUCUGUAUUUAUUUUUGAUAGAUCCCAUGUACAUCUAAAUAUUUGAUAGAUCCCAUAUACAUCUAAAUAUUUGAUAGAUCCCAUGUACAUCUAAAUAUUUGAUAGAUCCCAUGUACAUCUAAAUAUUUGAUAGAUCCCAUAUACAUCUAAAUAUUUGAUAGAUCCCAUGUACAUCUAAAUAUUUGAUAGAUCCCAUGUACAUCUAAAUAUUUGAUAGAUCCCAUGUACAUCUAAAUAUUUGAUAGAUCCCAUAUACAUCUAAAUAUUUGAUAGAUCCCAUAUACAUCUAAAUAUUUGAUAGAUCCCAUGUACAUCUAAAUAUUUGAUAGAUCCCAUGUACAUCUAAAUAUUUGAUAGAUCCCAUGUACAUCUAAAUAUUUGAUAGAUCCCAUGUACAUCUAAAUAUUUGAUAGAUCCCAUGUACAUCUAUGUAUUUGAUAGAUCACAUGUACAUCUAUGUAUUUGAUAUAUCACAUGAACAUCUAUGUAUUUGAUAGAUCACAUGUACAUCUAUGUAUUUGAUAGAUUCAGAUUAAAUGUAAAUCUAUAUAUUUGGUAGAUCCCAAUAUACAUAUAUUUGACAGAUCCCAUAUACAUAUAUAUGUAUAGGUAUAUAUUUGAGAGAUCCCAUGUACAACUAUAUAUUUGAUAGAUCCUAUGUACAACUAUAUAUUUGAUAGAUCCUAUGUACAACUAUAUAUUUGAUAGAUCCUAUGUACAACUAUAUAUUUGAUAUAUCAUAUGUACAACUAUAUAUUUGAUAGAUCAUAUGUACAUUUACAGUACAUGUAUUUGAUAAAUUCAGAUUCCAUGCAAAUCCAUAGAUUAGAUAGAUCUUUUGUGCAUCGAUUUAUUAGAUUAUUUUUUUAAACCGUAUGAAUGUCUCCUGGGGUCACAAAUUAACAAGCUCUGGGGUUCAGUUUUUCUUAGAAAAAUAUCGGAGGGAAAAUGAAUGUUUUUUACCUUGUACAAUUCUACAUAUAGAGGAGAUUCAAGUUUUUUCCAACCAUGGCCUGUGGGGUUCCAACCAUGAACUGGGGGUUCCAAUAAUUGUAUACAGAUAUGGAUCGGAAUAUUUUGGGGAAAAUGUUAUAGAACUUUAUUUUCAAAAUUCGAUACGUAGAUAUUCUUUUUUCAUGUUUAUUUAACUUUGUUUACGCCCCCCUCCAUGACAAGAUAAGUUGACAAUGGUGCAUGGUGGUGGUGGUGGUGUAUUUGCAUCACGAUCAAUGCAUGUGACCUAAGGGUUUUUUAAUUUCUUUUUAUUACAUCAUCAUUUUCAUAUUUGUUUAAUUUGAUUCUUAAGAAAUACUUUUAUUAUAUUGUAGAAGUUAUAUUUUUGUAUUUAUAUGAACUUUGUUAUGAAUUUUUGUGUGUGAAUAGUGCUGGCUGUAUGCGCGGAACUAGAUUUUUUUAACUUUUGGCAGUUUUGUCCAGGAAAGGCGUGCAAGAUUUAAAUCUAAAAAUUGUCCCAAAAAUGUGUUUUAUCAAAUAUCUCGGGUGGGGGUGGGUGCAGACUUCCGGUUCCCCUUCUGAAUCCGCGCAUCCACAGUACUGUGUAUUCGUAUAUUUUCUGUACUCUCUUAUUUAAAAAAAAAGUCCAUUAAAUCAUCAUAUAGUC